AUACCAUCCUAGUGGUCACAUAUUUAUUCGAUUGUCUUAUUCGAUAUAUUUUUGUAUUAUUAUCGAUUUUUAGAUCACAAUUCGUUUUUAGAACAUAUAUUUUUUAGAACAACAAUAACAACAGUCCACGGCACAUAUGCUGCUCCCCCCCAAAAAAAGAGAAAAACCUUUCCAAGCUGCAAUUCGCUGACCGUGAUCCAUCCGAAAUCCACUGGGAAAUCAACAGACCAGUCGCUUGUGGACACACCAUCACAAUAUACCGCAUAUUGGAAUUAGGGAGCACAUCGCGGACUAGAAACACCAACCGUUCGUGCGCCCGGCGGCCACAACAAUAACAAAAUCGCUUUUAAUUGAAAUUUAUUUGUUGUGAUGCUGCUGCCACGGGGGGUUCCGCCGUAGUCCCAGACCCAGUACCACCCCCUCAUCGCUCGGCCAGACCCGGCCCCUGCUGCUCCCGCUGCCACUGCCGCGAAACCUUAAUUAACCGGAUCGGGGAGGAACUGGGCAUAGAGAGCAUGCCAAUGUUAAUUGGAGGCAAUCAAUGUGCCUGAGGUCCCUCUAUCGAACGGAAGAACCGAUCCCGCGGAGCCUCGGAAGCAGUUAGUUCUGCGGAGUUGCCGGAAUCGCAACAAUCAUGGAGGAGGAGCGCAACGAAAAGAAAGUCCUCUGCGAGAAGAUCAUCCAGGACAUAAAUGCGGUAUUCCAAAAGGAUGCAGACCUGGCCUCCUUUGAGAUCAUUCCCAAGGAGACGAACUGCAACAAGUCGCCGGUGGUGCAUGUGGAGCACAACCUGGGCCUGGAGUCGUGGUGUGCCCAGCACGUUUACGAUCAUGCCCAUCGCACCCUCAUCUCUCAUCGCCGCCAGACGUGGCAGCAACAGCUGCGUACCCUGCAACAGCAGCAGCAGAGCGACUCCCUGGCCAAGUACCUGAACGUGGCGCUGCUGAUUAAUCCGGACGUGACCACUUUCUGGCACAUACGCCGCCAGCUGGUGCAGAAGAACCGCCUGACUAUCAACAAGGAGCUGCAGUUCUCCGCCCUCGUCCUGUCCAUCAAGCCCAAGUCCAACGAGGCGUUCGCCUACCGCCGUUGGCUCUACUCGUUCCAAAGCGCCGAUGCCAUCGACUGGCCCAACGAGAUCGGGAUCUGUGAGCGGGCGGCGGAUCGGUGCGCCAGUAACUACCAUGCCUGGUCGCAUCGCCAAUGGAUCCUGCAGAGCGGUCCCUGCCUGCUCCAGUCGGAGCUGCUGCGCACCGAGAAGUUCAUGCGGAAGCACAUCAGCGACUACAGCUGCUACCACUACCGCCAGGUGCUCCUCGGCCGAGCCUACGAGCUCUGUUUUGCCCUGCCCACCGCCGAACCCACCUCCAGUUCGGGCUCUUCAUCGCUGGCCAGCCUCCAGCAAUUAUUGGCCGAGAACUACGGUCUGGCGUGCCAGGCCAGGGCCGAUAGUCUACUGAGCCUGCUGCUGCCCCAUGUAGACCGGAGUACUGUGAGUGAGCAGCGUCUGCGAUCCUUCCUCUACUGCUGCAAUGUGGCUGCCCACGACAUGCGCCUGUGCUCGGAGCAGCGGGCGUUGUACGGACCAAGGGAUUGCUUCGACUUGCAUCGCCGGGCAGCUCUUAAGUUCAUAGUGGAGCAGUGUGUGCGCUUGGAGGCGGGCCUGGCCAGUGGCCCGUCGGUGGGGCAUCCCUCAAGCGCCGCCGAGGAGCUGCAAGCCCAUCUCAGCAGCCUGGACUUUGAGGCGCAUCCGUUUCUGGGCGCCGUUCGCAAGGCAGAGUUCGCCCUGGGGAGCAAGCAUCGAAGGUGGUGUAAUCUCCACCUAAGCUUUGGCUAUCCGGCGGAUUAGGGCAUCCUAAGACACACACACACACACACACACAUACAUACAGCUCAAAUGGAGGUGAAGAACUCAAAAGCUAGGAUUUAAUUGUGCUGUUUGCCCGUUUCUUUGGGUUUAAGUUACCAUGGUUAGUCCAGGAAACGGGCCUCCAUAUAUCUAAUCUAAUAUGUAGAUGAAUGUAUCUAUAUACUCCAUAUAUGUAUAUGUAUAUGCCCCCAAAGACAAAUGUUCAACUAGCCCCGAUAUGUCGACGAUUGCAUUUCAAUAACUAAUGUUAGUGUUAAUUGUUUGAUUCUGUUCUUGAUCUGGUCUGACAUGAUUUGUUAAGUUAGUCCCAUGCUCAGAUGUGCUCUCAGAUUUAAUCAAUAGUUAAGCCAAGCCAUGCACGUGUUUGUUGUUAGCCAAUUUGCAGUUAGUGUUUUUUUUUUUUAAAUAAAACAAAAAGAAUCCAGCCAAGAGA